GCAGGAGUCGUUCAGUAUGGCCACACACUCAAGUUUAUGCUUCCAGAUUAUUAUCAUGUUUUUGUGUGGCACAGUGUGUAGUACUGACAUUUCCUGUAAGAAUGAAGCUGGGGAGCCUGUUGAUUGGUUUAUCGUCUACAAACUGUCCAGGUAUAAAAUUGGCGAGAUUGGCAGUGGGGUGGAUUACAUGUACCUGGACUCCUCAGUGGGGAGCUGGCAGCCGAGUAAAUUCAUGGUUAACACCAGUCAGGGAGCCCUGGGGAACACCUUGAACCAUCUUCGGAAGAGCCUACGAGGGGUACUGCUCUUUGACCGCUCUCAAGGUUUCUGGCUUUCGCACAGCAUUCCCAAUUUCCCCUCAUUCCCUGAGAGAGGCUACUUCUACCCCUCCUCCGGAAAAGUCAAUGACCAGACUGCUCUCUGCGUGACCUACCACUAUGACAUGUUCCUCCGUAGAGCAAAGCAGAUGGAGUACUUUUACCCACGCUUCUAUAACUGCUCUGUAGCGGCUGCAUUCAUGGCCGACGUACCGCAGUUGGCCAAGUUAUGCAAGGGGUCCAACCGACCUCUGACCUCAGAUAAGAGAGUGGAGCAGCUUUUCUCACUGCAAGGGGACACGUUUGUCAGUUUUGUGAAAUCUGAACACUUUGUUGAUGACAUCUACACAGGCUGAGUGGCUCAGGCUCUGGAUGCCGACCUGCUGGGGGAGUCCUGGCAGAAACAAGGUCACAAGCUUCCUUCCAACUGCUCUUUGCCAAAACACGCCAUGAACAUCAAGAGGAUUUGGCUCCCCGCAUCAGUCCCGUUCCAGUCCCACUGCGACCACUCAAAGUGGUGCGUGUCGCAGGGCUACGAGGACCAGGUGACCUGCCUGAGGGAUCUAAACAGGGAGAGGGCUGCAAUGUGGCGUGGUGGGGGGCUGGUCUGCACCUUCAACCCCUUAAUUUACAAGGCCUUCGAUUUCAAAAUAGAUAAAACUGGUUUAUCGUCUACAAACUGCCCCAGGUAUAAGAUUGGCGAGAUUGGCAGUGGGGUGGAUUACAUGUACCUGGACUCCUCAGUGGGGAGCUGGCAGCCGAGUAAAUUCAUGGUUAACACCAGUCAGGGAGCCCUGGGGAACACCUUGAACCAUCUUCGGAAGAGCCUACGAGCAAAGCAGAUGGAGUACUUUUACCCACGCUUCUAUAACUGCUCUGUAGCGGCUGCAUUCAUGGCCGACGUACCGCAGUUGGCCAAGUUAUGCAAGGUGUCCAACCGACCUCUGACCUCAGAUAAGAGAGUGGAGCAGCUUUUCUCACUGCAAGGGGACACGUUUGUCAGUUUUCUGAAAUCUGAACACUUUGUUGAUGACAUCUACACAGGCUGGGUGGCUCAGGCUCUGGAUGCCGACCUGCUGGGGGAGUCCUGGCAGAAACAAGGUCACAAGCUUCCUUCCAACUGCUCUUUGCCAAAACACGGCAUGAACAUCAAGAGGAUUUGGCUCCUCGGAUCAGUCCCGUUCCAGUCCCACUGCGACCACUCAAAGUGGUGCGUGUCGCAGGGCUACGAGGACCAGGUGACCUGCCUGAGGGAUCUAAACAGGGAGAGGCCUGCAAUGUGGCGUGGUGGGGGGCUGGUCUGCACCUUCAACCCCUUAAUUUACAAGGCCUUCAGACGGGUUGUUGACUGGUACAUUGACUGUUGAA